AUGAGCGGUUUAAACGGUUCAAUUCUCGCGCGGGCGCGGCGCGUCCAUUGGUCGGCCGGCGCGACCGCCAUUGGUGAACGGCAGCGCGGGAAGGAGCGGGCGGCGAGUACAAAGGGAACCGAGAGGCGGCGUCCGGUACAGCAAUUGUCAGCUGUCCGAGCGUCUACUAUGAAUAUGGAUGGUGAUAUCGGCCCUUUUGUCCCG